AUGUUUUCCUUGCAAAAAAUUGGAAGGGUAUUAUCAAUAUUUCAACAUUUCAAUUCUUCAUCAAUCACUCGUCAAGAAAUCAUUCGAACUGUUAUCAGAAAAGAGUUUCAAUCACCACUGCUUCAACCUACGCGUUAUUAUGCAAAAGGAAAAGAUCGAGGAACAAAAGAUAAGAUUAAAAAACCUAUUAAGAUUGAUAUGAACCAGGAGCAACUCAAUUCAAUUGUGGAUACUUCUAAAAUAAAGAUGCAAAUGGAAAAAAAAUUAGCAAUAAUGAAAGAUGAAUUUGUCAGAAAUUUAUCAUUGCGCUCCUCAACAGGCGCGAUUGAAACAUUGAAAGUGAACGCAGAUGGCAAAGAGUAUGAGCUUCAGGAAAUUGGUCAAAUCAUUAGGAAGAACCCAAAGACGAUAGUCAUUAAUCUUCUAGGAUUUCCUCAACUUAUUCCAGAGGUUUUGAAGACAAUAAACACGAGUGGAAUGAAUCUCAAUCCUCAACAAGAUGGAACAACGCUAUACAUACCAGUUCCUAAAAUCACAAAGGAACAUCGCGAAAAUCUUUCAAAGAAUGCAAAAGCACUUUUUAUAAAAUGUCGCGAUGGAGUCAAAGAUAUCCAGAAUAAUCACAUUCGAAAAAUAAAAGCACAAAAAGAUAUUUCAAUUGAUUUAAAUCGUCAAAUACAGAAUCAGAUUAUUGCAAUCGCUGAUGAAUUUAUAACUGAUGCAGAGAAGCUCCUUCAUACAAAGCAAAAUGAAUUGUUUGCAAGUAAAGAUUAG